AUGGAGGCACAGCACGAUCCGAGAGCUUGGCCGGAACUCACCGAAAGCAUAGUAAGAGGUGGGCUGGGUACAGUGGCAGGCCCAGGGGUGGGGGCGUGGCCAUGGGGGGGCCGCAUCUCUUCCUCCACUUUGCACCGGGACAGGCGCUGGGGCUUUUGGGCCAGGGGUCCUUUCAGGGGUGCAUCGAGACUUUCGGAGCUGAGACCUUGGCCAAGCAGGUCGGCGCCUGGGGUGGGGGGCUCGGGUAGUCACGGGAAAGGCGACACGACGGAGAAAGUCAGACGGGCGAGAUGUUCUCCGAGGGUCUGGCUCGUACUGGGCUCGCUGGUUCUCAUCUUUCUCACCUCGCUCUUCUUUUCCGUCUCGCUCCGGAGCGGCGUCGGCUUCAACUACCUGGAGCCGCCGAGCUGGGAGGAUUCUCGGCGGGUCAAGCUGGUGCCCAGCUAUGUGGGCUCACACAAACUGAGCGCCACUGACUCCCAGCAACAGCAAACCUGCGCCUGCGCUCGCUGCGUUGGAGACCCCGGAGUCUCGGGCUGGUUCGAUGACAACUAUGAACCUGAUAUCUCUCCUGUUUGGACCAGAGACAACAUCCAGCUGCCCUCUGAUGUUUACUACUGGUGGGUGAUGUUGCAGCCCCAGUUUAAACCCCAGAACAUCCAGCAAGUGCUGCUUAGGUUGUUCCAGGUUAUUCCUGGACGAUCCCCGUAUGGCUCAUGGGAUCCUGCGCGAUGCCUACGGUGUGCCGUAGUGGGGAAUUCUGGAAACCUGCGUGGGGCUGGAUACGGGGCAAUCAUAGAUGGACACAACUACAUCAUGAGGAUCAACUUGGCCCCCACGGUGGGCUACGAGGAAGAUGCCGGCGGCCACACCACUCACCACUUCAUGUAUCCGGAGAGCGCCAAGAACCUGGCGGCCAACGUCAGCUUUGUCCUGAUUCCGUUUAAAACUCUGGAUCUGGUUUGGAUCACCAGCGCGCUGUCUACGGGCCAGAUCCGAUUCACCUACGCUCCGGUGAAGCAAUUUCUCCGCGUGGAUAAAGACAAGGUCCAAAUCUUCAACCCAGCAUUCUUUAAAUACAUUCACGAUCACUGGACCAGGCAUCAUGGCCGAUACCCAUCUACAGGCAUGCUAGUGCUCUUCUUCGCCCUGCACGUCUGCGAUGAGGUGAAUGUGUUUGGAUUUGGGGCCGAUGGUCGAGGGAACUGGCACCACUACUGGGAGCAGAACCGUUAUGCGGGAGAGUUUCGAAAGACAGGGGUCCACGAUGCAGACUUUGAAGCUCAGAUCAUUCAGCGACUGGCUGAGGCUGGAAAGAUUACCGUUUACCCGGGGAAAUAAGUCCACACCAGCCCAGAGAACGGUCUGGUUUGGCUUUUCUUUUCCCACCCAAUGGCCUUGUCCUUCUCUGCGGAAAGGUCACUGAUGUGUGGCAUUGUAUCAGUUUCAAGCCCCUAGCUAGUAACUACAUGUUCAGACGUGGACCACUGCUCGAGAUGUGACAACAUAUCGAUCCGAGUGAGGCUCUGCUCACACGGCGAUGGAGAGGGCAGAGCCUCAGGGUUUCACUUCUCAUGAUAAGAGCUGACAUCGAAAGACACUGUCCCCGUUUCGUAUUCACAAACUUCGACUCGGGAGUGGUAAAAUAGAGUCGUCAAACAGUAACACUGACUGCGACUGAGCUCAGCAUUGAGAGAGCUCAAAAGAGAAUGGUCACAUUCUUUCAUGUUCUCCACUGAUCUAAUCCUCCACCAUUUAUAUAGAAACGGAUUUCCUCGAGGAAGAAACAGCACCAUCAGCAAUCCAGUGGACUAUUGUUCUCCAGCUACGGUUUCCGAUAUCAACAAACUACUGAGCUGUUGACCAACGGGGUGCAUCACCCAAGGCGUGCAGACAAGACGAACAGACACAGAAAUGACUCACUGCACAUUAUCCGGCACCAGUGACAUUUUCCAUUUUUCUUGGUUGGAAGCCAUGAGAGGCACCACCCAGUUUUGCUAGUGCAACUGUUCUUCUGGAAUCCGCUACAAGGAUGAGGACUGUCACAUUAACCUUGUUGGAAAAAAGGUUACAGUAGAUGAUCAUGGGGAGUUGAAAGAAUUAUUUCCCCGGAGUCCCGUCACAGCGAAAGUUCCAAGGGGACGUUGUUUUGUUCGCGUGUUUGGACGCAUGCACUCUGGUUUCGGAUCAGACUUUUAAUCAUCCCCAUGUGGUGUGUCAGAGUGUAAUUUAGGAGCUGAAGCACGACAAAGCCAGCGGGAGUAAGCGUCAUUUAGUCCGAGUUCUGCCGCGACUCUCUGCAAACUGUGCUGCAUUUUAUGUUUAAAGGAUUGCAACAACUCCAAAGUGACUUUUGUAUCUCGGUGGAUUUAGCUCGUUCUUGAUUAGUGGGUGGAAGAACAUCGGACAACUACCUGGAUGUAAAAUUGUUUAACAACUGUAAUAGUUCCAUUGACUGAUCAUCACAACCUUUGUGUGUCUCUUGAGAGGGGGGGGGGGGGGGGGGGGUACAGUGUCACCACGCGCCUUAGAUAUCACCAUUUACCUGCACUUCAAUUUCUGUGUUGUCAUCUUCUUUUCUGCAGAAUUUCCAUCGUUUCAUUUCCUUAGCUUCAAACUGUUGCUGCGUUCUCAAAUGUUUACUUUAUGGCGCCAUUGGUGAUUCCUGAAACAUUUAGAUUUUGUGAAAACAAAUACAACAUUCAAGAGUGCAUUUGGGGGAAUACAAAGGCUCAACAACAUAUCCGUUAAAUUAAUAAACCUAACCCAAAGAAUAUUUUGCAGCAAACAGAAGUUACGUUCAAAUGAUGACACUUUGUUUUGGCUCUGGAUUUGUAGUUGAGAUAAAGAGCAUAUGACCGGUAUAAAUCACAUAUCGCAGACCUCCGAUUGGUUGGCAACCAGCCUACCCCGCCUCUCGCCUAAAGUCAGAUGGGAAUGUAAUGCGGAUAAGCGGAACAGAGUGAAUGGAUGAAUAUACAGAAUCGCAUACACUUAGCACAUCAUCACAUAAUGAUCUAUAUCUCAACAAUGAACAAAAAAGUAACAUGAAUAUCCUUCCUGAUUUUAAGCAACAUUGGUGGUCAGUGAGAAGAAAUAUCAAGCAGUUAAAUGUUAAAAGGUAUACACAAAAAAAAGGUAGGCUAAAAUGAAGUCAAUAACUCUAUUUCAGUCAGCCUCCAUCGGGUACCAAUAGGAACUUCUGUUGCCAAGACAACAUUCUGCCAUCCAAAGCAUCUGUGAGUAAAGUAUAAAAAUAAUUGAGUAACUGUCAAGGCUACAAGGUCCCUUGCCCAUGCAACAUGCAAGCUUCCGUGCCUUUUCCUGCCACUGCCGGACAUAUGUAUCAACUCUUGAGCCACUCGGCCACAACCAUCUGCUUGGCUUUGCAUCUUUUAACUUUGUGCUGCAGGUCUGCUGGCUGUGCCUUCUGUGCUUUACAAAGUACAUAUAUUAACAUAUUCUGCCGUCCUUUGAGGCAUGCUUAGAACCUUACCAACUUUCUUUUUUUUUUUGUAAAGGUUGUUUGUGAUCCAUUGCUACUUUUUUGUACACAUUUUGCGCAUUUAUCAUGUGCCAGGAAUGAUACUUACCUUGCAUUGCAUAUCAUUUACUGUAGUGGUCCACUUCCCAAUCAAUAAGACAGUCAAACAUGAUUGUGAAGGUUUGGGUCCAAACAUUUUUUUUCUCUCCAAGUAAAUUGUUGAGGCAUUUUUUACAACAUCAUCCACAUAAUUUUAUACACAUCGUUUUACUGUAUUGCCCCAUGUUAUUGAUUUUUGUAUUAAUCAUGUUUCCCAAAAUGCACCUUUCAGCUUGGAAGAUUAUUUACAUCUCAAGCACCAAAAUAACAUUCUAAUGAAAAUGUUGUAAGGGGGUCCGUUUUCUUCUCGCCCCAUUGGAAAAGGUCAUGACAGGGUGUUGGUUUCAUAAACUGAAAACAGUAAAUCAUUACUAUUAUUAUAAGAUGAAUUACCUUUGUGAUUAUGUGAAAGUUAGACCAAAAAACACUAGUUGAUUGGAUAGAAAUGUACCUCCACAUGGCAAUUAGAUUAUUAGAUCUAAAACUAAAACUAUCUUUGGACUCAUGUUUACAAGAUCCAGUAGCUACAUGGCAACGUGGUGGCUCACAUGCAUGACUGAUACAUUUUCUAGAAGAAAAGGCAAUUUAGAAAACACUAAAGCAAACCCAAAGUUCCAUCCUGUUGAGGAUCUGUUUUUUUGUUUUUUGUUUUUUUUCAUUUGUCUGUGCAUUUACAUGUCACUCCACUUUGUAUCUUAGCUUGUGAAAAUAAAAGCUUCUUGAAAUGUG